AAACAAAAAUCUCCCCGCCUCUCAGAAGCAAAAGGGCCAAGCAGCCUGGGGUUGCCAAGGCUCACAGUUAAUCCUGCUAGCUGCGUGCGUUAGCCACCUAGGUCGCUGCCUCCUUACAGUGGCUAGAGUGGAGAGGCAGGCAGACGAGGAGGAGCAGCAGCAACAGCAACAACAGCAGCAGACGAUAGAAGCAUCAGUCAAUCUUGAAAUCACCUCGGUUCGAGCUCGCUUGCGCUUGCAACCGUGGAUCUUGUAAGGCCAACCGUGCCGGCAUUUCAUUGUGCAAAUCUGUUAAGAACAGGGGGCCUAUUGUCUACAACAGCACGACACAGAUGCUAACAUUCAUCUGGCAACAACGCCGUCAUGAAAGAUAUUAUCCAGAGGCUCCAGAGCCAGCCUUUCCUGCAGUUUUGCCAGGUUGGCGACGUCGAACCUCGAAACGAGUAUCCGCUCGAGUCCUACAUCCGCGUUUGCUGGCCGCCUUCCACUUCACCUUACCACACAUCUUCAAUUCCCCUGGCUGCCCAAGGCCAAGCUGGUGAGAAGCAGUGGAACCAACGAACCUCUCACCCCGCAGGAUCACACGCAAGACAACCGCGCACAGCACAUGGCAAACCGUGGCCCAGGAUGGAUGACAUGAACAGGGCUGAUUACCCCCAUGCUUUGAGACAAGCAGGACAUCCCUCACUGAUAACUGAACAAUCAUAGCUAUGUCGGAAACAUAGAGAUUUGAUCCGACUGCUCGGUUUAUCUGACCAUUGUCAACUCACGCCAUGAAUAUGAUGACAAGCAACUCGAAUGGCGGCAAUACCACGGACUGGGACAUUGCGGUACAUGUCUCUUAGCGGUUGAUCCUGAGACCAAUUAGUCACGACGAGGCUAAUCACCCAGUUGCUUAGCGGUCAACCGUGGCGGCGCCUCAGAAGCAGUUUAGGCUUGUCAGAGCUUCUAUGCAUUCUUCCACCAGACUUCUUCAGCCAUGUCACACAGACUACAGACUAGUUAGGCGCUGUCUAACUUCAACCGUCUUGGUCCAUGCAGUCAACAGCCCUUGCUGGUUCCCCCCACUCGACCCUCUCUCGUGCUGAAUUGCGCCCGUUCACUUACAUCAUUUAUGGACUCACAACUUCGGAGACAAUUUAUCUGCUGUGUAAGUCUGUUUACUUGGCUCGCCAGCAUCUUCCAUUCGGUCUAGAAUUGCGAUAUGAUCCCUUCUCAAUUUACAGAUGGAGCCCGAGACCAUCAAGUCCCAGAGGAAGUAUCAGUCUCCCAGAGCUUGAUGGCCCACGUCUCCUCGGCCGAGAAACCCGAGGGUUUCAAGGACAGGAGGAUGGAAUGCCGGGUGUAGAAUCACAGCACAUUCUCAAUCUUUACAGGACUCAACAAAGUUUGUGUUACUGAUAAAUAUUCCCAUUACAUACAAAUGGGUCUCGAACUUCCAAGAUUUCACACUUCAGC